AUGAAAGGCUGAGUAGAAAAUACCCAACGCGUAGAGCAGUCCAUGGCAACUGUUACUUCGAUCAGCGGAGUGGGUAUAUCCAUGCCAGUAACAUGUACACCUCAUCAGUGGUACGGAAAAUAUCAUGCGAAGCACGACGUCGAUCGAUUUGAGUACAUGGACAGCACCAGACACACAUGGCCCACCGUCUGCAAACUUACUGAUACGACAGAUUUCCUUGCUCAUGAAGAAUUUUAAACGCAUGGCCCCUCAGCUACGUUACAAAUGGGAGCUCGAGCCGAAUAAUUCUCGGUCAGACUAUAUUCCAAGCUGUUCUUCCCUUCUUCGUUGAUUGCCAAUCUUCACUUUCAUAUCGCUACAAAAUUGUGUGUCAUAAUAUAAUCACGAUCUGGACAUGUGCUAUCCAUAUCACCAAAAUGUCAUACCAUAGUCUCCACUCCAUUGAACAUAAUAAGAGAUCUUUCGUCUC